ACACAUAGCCAUCUGUCCAGGAGCUGAGCAUCCUUCCUCCUCUCUGGAGAAGCGUGGUCUUCCUCAGGAGGCGACAUAUAGUGACCCUCGUGUGAUCGCCUGAGGCGCUCGCAGGCAGGAUGCUGCCACCAUCCUCAUCCUCUGGUCGUGCAGCCUGGCCGGGAUGCCGCAGAGCAGCUCCUCAGUCUGGAACAAAGAGCUGGAGGCAGCGGUGACUCAUUGCGCACGGUCAGUUGCUCCAGGUUCGGCUUCGGUGCCGUUCGGCCGCGGACGAUCGAUACCCCUGAGCCUCAUAUUCUGCUGGAAGGCGUGGCUUGGUGUCACCGACACUAGGCUGAAUUUUCCAUAUUCAUCCUCCAUCUCCUGAACAGUAGCGCGGGACAUCAAGGGGGCUGCAGAAACGUUCUGAUUUUCUGUUCAUCUUUGAAGUACACACGAUUUGAAGAUCCAAGUAUUAAAUUCAGGAUGGGAACUAAUCCAGAAAGGACAGUGACAGUCCAGAUGGUGCCUCAGCUGGCUGUGGUGGACCCACUGGCCAAUAAGGAAACCAAUGCCAACUCGGGUAAUGAGCCACACCUCAAAGUGUCUCACAGCCUUCCAACAUCUCCCAAUCAGCAGGAUAACCUGACUAUUUCAGGAGAAGCUGCCAACACUGCCCAACGUAUCCACAAAUCCUCAGCAAAGGGAGGUGAAUCAGUUAGCGUUGCAGUGGCAAACAUGCCAGCAGAAGGCAGCGGGAAGCAGACGCACUCUGGACCUCAGGCAGCUGGUGAACAGUGCUCAGCUAACCUGUCACUGACAAACCAAGAUGAAAGUAAGAUAAAAAAUGAGACCCAGGAUGCUAACACUAACAGAAAUACAUCUCAUGGAGCCGAUGCAUGUGCACCAGGUUUAUCGACUGCAGCCAAAGUUUCAAAGGUUGACGGGAGCAGCAACGACUGCAGUAUGAUCAGGAUGAGUUCACUAGAGGCAGUUCCUGUGCAGCUGGCAUGUUCACCGAAAGCACAAGAGAGCAGUAAUAAAAAUAAACAUUGCAACACCAGUGAAUUAGAAAAUGCAGCAUCUACAUCUAAACAGGAUAUUAAGGUUCCUCAAAACAAAUCUAAUGUUGUAAUUAAGAAAACCCAGGAGCAAGAUAAUUCACAAAUGUGCCCAUCAAGCACUGUAUGUACAAAACCUAAAGAGAAGAAGGAAAACGUAGCCCUCAUCACCUCUACUAAACCUCCACCAACAAGUUCAGCAGCAGAAAUCACUACUGCAGUUAAAAAUGCAUCGUCACAUUCAGAGAGGGAUUUCCCCGCAGUAACAACAACACAGCUGUCCUCCAAUAAACUUCACCCUGCAUCUUCACAGAAAAAUUCAUCCAGUGUGGUUCAGGAGGAAAACAAUAAGCCUACAUGUGGGCAGGUGUCUGAGGACCGCCGCCAGAUUGAAACAGCUCUCUUUGCUGGAAAGCAGAAUGGAGCACUCUACAGGGAUGCCUCCACCAUGACCUCAUUGGUGCCGCCAGACAAACAGUGUCAUGAUAUGGAGGUCCAGGCUGUAGCAAACACUUCGAGUAAAGCUGUGGGUACAAGUCCCAGUCUGAUGCCUUUCGCUUCCACUCGCAGACUGAGCAGUGGCAGUGGGGUCUCAAGGGACGAGGAGCAAUGUCUCACUGUGGCAUUCCCUGUCCAUGAAGGUGUGGCUCCGUGUCAGAGCUACACACCUUCCCUUUCUCCCAUUGAGAGACUCACUGUAGAGGCAGAGAUGUGUCCCAAACAAACUGCAGGUUUUUGCUCACCAACUGUGCCCCAACAGCUUGACUCCAGGUUAGGAGCCAAGCCAAAGGAACCUGGAUCCUCUCUGAGUAGCAUUCAGCCAGUUUAUCAAAUUAGCAUUGAACAUGGCAACCACAAGAAGGAAACAGUUGAAAUAUCUUCCACCGGUGCAGCUGGCUCUCUGAAAGCUUCCCCGGAGACAGCCAGUGCUUCUGUUGACAGAGACAAUGCUGCGCUCUCUCAGGGUCUGCAAGCAGCCACAACAAAAACAAAUACAGCAACAAAGUCAGCCGAACAAGAGGUAAAGCCAAGCAGGAACGAGGAGGAAGAUGAUCAGACGGGAUCGCAGAAGGACAAGAACGUCCAUGAGGUUGUCUGGGAUGAACAAGGGAUGACGUGGGAGGUCUAUGGUGCAUCGGUAGACCCAGAAUCGCUGGGAUUCGCCAUUCAGAGCCACCUGCAAUGUAAGAUCAGGGAGCAGGAGAGGAAGCUGAUUGCCCAGACCUCCUUCAGAAAGUCCAUCUCUGGCGUAGAUUCCCCGCAGCGUGGGAAAAAGAAAAAAAGGAGGGAACAGAACAUUUUCAGGUCAAUGCUGCAAAAUGUCAGAAGGCCCAACUGCUGUGCGCGGCCCCCUCCCUCCUCCGUCCUUGACUAGCCCUGCACCAAGGUGGCCAGCAUGAGGUGCCGCUCUUUCCCUGGAGGUCACACUGUCUGUCCUCCCUCUGUCAGGACUGUGAUGCCAAGUGAAACAUUAAUGGGACGUCGGGGUCCUUCUAUGUGAGUAUACUGGAAUGUUGUAGCAGAAAAAAAGUCCUCAUAUUUGUGACGUUUGUAAACAAACAUUGUAGGAUAUAGAAGCAUAAAAUAAAGAUAUUUUCUAGAAAUAGAAUCUAAUAAAAAGAGACAAAACACUUUUUAAAAAAAACUAUAGUUAGAGGCAUGUAUCUUUGCUUCAAAUGCUUUAUGAUGACAUGAAUUACACAAUAAUAUGGAAUCUUCUACUGUCAGACAUGGUUUGUGCAAAUAUACUGAGUUGAAAUCUCAUUUGUUGGAUGUUUAUAUGGAGUCUGGGAGAUUUUUGUGUCAUGCAUUUGUGUGUUUUUCACCUGUGCCGUGGCAAAAAAGGGGAAGCACUGUAUACACACAUAAAUAUUAUGUUGAAUCUCUGUUAUU